GUUUCUGUCUGUUAUUUGGAGGUGGGAUCGUGUGGUUAAUCAUUCAAACACACUGGUCUAAGAAAAGGGACAUAAUGUGCAAGUUACUCCCUCUAGAGGUUCGAGGAAACGGAAAUUAAACGUCCUACCCGUGACUGGGGACUUUGCUCGGUGAAGGCAGAACGCCGUAGGAGGCCGAAGGUUAUUAGGAGAGCAAUGAGCUGGUUAAUGUUCAGCCAUACGGUGGUGCCCAGAGUGCUCCACAGUCUCCUCUCUGUGCACUCUAGUGUUGCUUCCUUAAGACUGUCUUCAAAAAUGGCUUCACAGCCCCAGUGGUUAACUCCAGAGGAAAGAGAACAGCUUCUACCAGAACUAAAAGCAGCUGGAUGGGGGGAAGUUGAAGAUCGAGAUGCCCUUUUUAAAGAAUUUUCAUUCAAGAAUUUUAACCAGGCCUUUGGAUUUAUGACACGCGUGGCUUUACAGGCAGAGAAACUGAAUCAUCACCCUGAAUGGUUCAAUGUGUACCACAAGGUUCAGAUAACACUUUUGACACACGACUGUGGUGGUCUAUCCAAAAAAGAUGUCAAAUUGGCAAAGUUCAUCGAACAGGCAGCUGCUUCAAUAAAUUAGUUAUUUUUAUGCUUUUAAAAAGGUUCAUUAUGAAAUGUGAAUUCUGAAGUGAUGCUGAGCUCCUUAAAGCAGGUGAGAAGCAUUCAAAUUAAAAUACUGAAAUAGGUCAUCUUGAAUUUAAAGAAUAUACCUUAAAAUAUUUGCAUCACAGGUGCUGAAGCUGGAACUGCAGUGAGUGCAAAGUUAUUUUUUUAAUUCUCUGUUCUCUUAUCAACACAACAUAUUAUGUAAGAAAUGUUGAAACAAUAAAGAAACAAGAAAUUUGAAUAUAUCA